AUGAUUCCUGCGGAUAGUACAGUGCUUGCAGAGAAACUAAGUAAAUCUUGCCUAGAUGACUCCAACAAUGAGGCUGCACAUCAGGAACAAAAAAAUAACAUUAGGGAAUUGGAACAGAUAGAAUCACCUUUGUCGGUUUUUAAGUCGUUUGAUGAUGAUAACAUUAACAACACCGUCUUCAAUUUUGUGGAUGCAAUGCAUAAUGAAAAGUACUCAAUGAAGAAGGAUCUUAGUUCUGAAUUGCUGCCGGGUGCUUCAAUCCGCUUUUCCAAGUAUGGUUGGCUCUUACUAAUUUCCAAAGACAAUAAAACUCCAUUCUUCUACAAUCCCUUCACAAAAAUGGUGAUCCGGCUUCCCGAUUUUCCUGAUGUUGGCCGCGCGUUAUUCUUGAGUGGUAUGUCAUUCUCGUCUUCACCUACUUGUCCAGACUGUGUAGUGUUUGCACUCGAACGUAUCGACGGUAACGAAAUCUCAAUCUACGCAAUUAAAAGGGGAAGCCGUCAUUGGAGGUAUCUAGUCCGCGAGAACUUGGAUGGUUCUUUUGUGCCAUCUUUCAACAAUCCGGUUUUCUUCCGCACAAGAUUCUUCUGCUUAGAUUAUUCUGGGACUUUAGGAUGUUGUGUUGUAAAUGACAAAAACAACAACAAUGGACUGGAUUGGACAAUUUAUACUGAUCAGUUAAAGCGGUUUGACGAUGCAUUUCCAAGUUACUUGGUAGAAUGUGACGGGGAUCUUUUACUAGUGAAUAUAGGGCCGAUCGGGGAAACGGUUGGAGUAUUUGGAUUGGAUUGGACCAACAAGGUCUGGGUUAAAGUUGAAAGUUUGGGAAAACAUAUGUUGUUCAUCAGCAAUACCUCUAGUUGCUCAGCAAUUGCUCCUCCCAAUAGUCAAAUGGAGAACAAAGUAUACUUCCCCAGAUUACACAAAGAUGGAAAAGGCUUAUUAUUCUGUUCUCUCGACACAGGUAAGUACCAUUACUCUAUUCGAGCACAACAGAAAAAUAUAGAUGCGGCUACGAAUUUCUAUGACACAAAGGAGAUGUGCAACUCUACUUGGAUUGAACCUAACUGGUCACAAGAGAGUAGUCCUACUGAUCAAGACCACCUUGGUUGGCUUAAUUAG